GCUCUGCUCAGCGUCGUGGAACUUGUUAAGGUCACUGUGGUGCUUGUGGCAGUCAGGGAUGUUGAAAUUGUGGAGGUCACGGAGGUGGAUGUCUGGGAGGUGCUCGUUGUGGACACCGUUGUUGUAGAAGUUGCGGAGGUCGUUUCCGUGCUCGUGGCCGUAGUGGUGCGGCUUGUCGAAGUCUGGGUGGAGGAGCUUGUGGUCUUUGUUGUUUGCGUGGUAGAAGUGGAUACAGAGCUUGAUGUAGUGGUAGCUGUCCAUGACGUUGUGCUUGAUUUCGUGGAUGUGGAGGUGCUGGUUGUGGCUGUUUCGGAAGAGGUGGAAGAGACUGUGGUGGUGACAGUCACAGUGGCCGUCUCAGAUGUUGAAGACGAGCUAGAUGAGGUGCUGGAGGAUGAAGAGGUAGAUGUAGCGCUAGAAGAGGAGGUGCUGGUCUUUGUGGCAGUCUUAGUGCUGGUGCUGCUGGAGGUGCUGCUGCUGCUUGUGCUUUCUGUAGUGGUCGUAGUGCUACUUGUUUCAGUCGUCGUCUGGGUUGCUGUCUUUGUGUCUGUGGUGGUUUGGGUGGUUGAAGAUGUGGAGGUGCUACUGGUACUGGAGCUGGAGCUGGUAGCAGAGCUGCUCGAGGUACUCGAGCUGCUGGACGUGCUCGAAGAGCUCUCUGUGGUUGAGCUGCUGGAGCUACUUUCCGUCGUAGUGCUGCUGCUCGAGGACCUGCUGGUCGUCAGGCUGCUCGAUGUUGAGGAAGUUGUUGGGGAGGUGCUCGAGAUGCUGCUGCUUGAGGAGAUGCUGCUGGAUGAGCUGCUGGUGGAAGAUGCAGUAGUGGACAAGGUUGUGGAGCUGAUGCUUGUUGUGACGCUUGUGCUGGUGCUGAUAGUUGUAGUUGUCGGCGAGGAUGAUGUGGUUGACUGCGAGGUGGUCAUCGUCCCUGACGUGCUUGAUGUCCCUGUUGAAGUGGAGCUGGUGGUGGUUGCCGUCCGGCUGGUGGUGGAGGAGGCAGUCGAGGUCUUGGUUGAUGUUCUGGUAGUGCUGGUGGUCUCCGUUGCGCUAGAUGAGGAUGUGGAGGUUGUGGAGGCUGUUCCAGAUGUGGUAGAAGAGACAGACACGGAAGUGCUUGAGACUGUGGCUGUUGCGGAUGUUGUGUGGGUUUGGCUCGAGGUCGCAGUCUCCGUUUGUGUGGAUCCUGUUGUCGUUUCGGAUGAUGUCAAACUGGACAUGCUCGAGCUGGUGCUGCUAGCAGAGCUCAUGGUCAGAGUGGCGGAGGCUGUCACAGAUGUCGAGCCAGUUUGCGUAGUUGCAGAUGUGGUUGGUGUUGUAGCUGCUGCUCUUGAAGUGGUUGGUGUCGUGCCGGUUUGUGAAGUUGUCAAGAUGAAGCUAGAUGAGCUACUGGACGUUGUGGAGUAUGUCACAGAAGCCUGCGACCCAGUUGUGGAUGAAGCUGCUGGGGAAGUGAUGGUGCUGCUCCCAGUUGUAGAUGUUUGCACUGGAUUCAGCGUAUGCGUGGCACUUGCCGUUGCUGUUGUUGACGGGGCUAUGCUGAGAGUAGUGGAAGUCGAGGUUUGCGUUACUGGCAGGAUUCCACCUACCUGA